CUAAAAUAUUAACAUGUAUAGAUAUAUUUCAUCAUUUACAUAAAAUCAUUUAAUCAUGGAUUAAAUAAAAGUUUUUAUCAAAGACUUUAAAGAUGUUCCAAAGUUAGCAACCUCAAAAUUGAACUCAGAACACAUAAUGUAACUCAAAGAGAUUCAACAGCUGUCAGAUAAAUGGUAAUUUAACCCAUCAAUGACAGUAAUCAAGAGAGAGUUUGAGUUUCCAACUUUUAAGGAAAGUUUUGCUUUUAUGAGUUCUGUUUCUGAUUUAUCUGAGAAGAUGGAACGUAAGAUAUUUUAUAAAAUAAUUUAGAUUAUCCAAAAUGGUAUAACAAAGGAAGUAAAGUAAUUGUAGAAAUUACAACUCCUGAAGUGGGAUUGACAAUCAAAGAUAUAUUGUUAGCUUACACUAUGGACAACAUUUAACAUGACAUUUUAAAUGAUGAGAUACAAUUUAUUAGUUAAUAAAGUAAAUUGACUACUUAAUCAACAACUUUACUGAAUUGUUGGAACAAAAAUUACUCUAGAUAUGAGGAAGAAAUACUCCCUUAAUUAUAGAGAAAUGUGAAUCAAUUUUGACCAAGAUCAAAUCUGAUUUUGUCAAUUAUAUGUUAUUCGAAUAUUAUAAUAUAAAUUUGUUAUCAAAC